GAAAGGUCUUUUGGCAAGACUGGCUUGACAGAGAUGGCCCUGGAAUGUCUCGAGUCCGGGCCGUGAUGAUCAGUGAGUGAGUGGCACCGGGCUGAGCCUGGGCAAACUGCCCAAGAGGAAUGCUAGCACUUAGGAAGGUGAGGAGGAAACUCAGGAUGGGGACCAUCUGCUCCCCCAACCCCAGCGGGACAAAGACAUCAUCGGAGGUCUGCAAUGCCGACUGGAUGGCCUCGCUCCCCCCUCACCUCCACAACGUCCCCCUUUCCAAUCUGGCAAUCCCAGGCUCCCAUGAUUCGUUCAGCUACUGGGUAGAUGAGAAGUCCCCAGUGGGGCCCGACCAAACUGCAGCCAUCAAACGCCUGGCCAGGAUCUCCUUGGUGAAGAAGCUCAUGAAAAAAUGGUCUGUGACGCAGAACCUGACGUUCCGGGAGCAACUGGAAGCUGGCAUCCGCUACUUCGACCUGCGUGUGUCUUCCAAACCCGGGGAUGCCGACCAGGAGAUCUACUUCAUUCACGGACUUUUUGGCAUCAAGGUCUGGGACGGGCUGAUGGAGAUUGACUCAUUUCUCACCCAACACCCCCAAGAGAUUGUCUUCCUAGAUUUCAACCACUUCUACGCCAUGGAUGAGGCCCACCACAAACGCCUGGUUCUCCGGAUCCAGGAGGCCUUUGGAAACAAGCUGUGCUCUGCCUGCCGUGUGGAGAGCAUGACGCUGCGAGCCCUGUGGGAGAAGAAGUGCCAGGUUCUUAUUUUCUAUCACUGUCCCUUCUACAAGCAAUACCCCUUCCUGUGGCCUGGAAAGAAGAUCCCAGCGCCCUGGGCAAACACCACAAGUGUGAGCAAACUCAUCCUCUUCUUGGAGACCACUCUGAGUGAGCGGGCCCCGCGCGGCUCCUUCCACGUCUCUCAAGCGAUUCUCACCCCCAGAGUGAAAACCAUUGCCCGAGGCCUGGUUGGUGGCCUCAAGAAUACUCUGGUUCAUAGGAAUCUUCCUGCCAUCCUGGACUGGGUGAAGACUCAGAAGCCCGGAGCCAUGGGUGUCAACAUCAUCACAUCUGACUUCGUGGACCUGGUGGACUUCGCCACGACUGUCAUUGAAUUGAAUGACCUCCUCCAGGAGGACAGAGCUUUGGCUAAAUGCUGAUUUGGUUUUUAUUUCAAUGUUGACUUUGUUGAUCCAGGCCAGAGUUCUGAAGGGUUUCCUGUUAGGACAGCCCCUGGGCAGUGAUGGGGAAGGAGGAGGAGGGCAGUUUCCCCUCUUCAUAGGGCCAUUUGGAUAAAAUUACAGAGCUUUUAAUUGCAUUUUUCCCAAAUGAGACUUCUAAAAAACCUGAAGUCCAAGGGAAGAAGCAUGUUUCAUGUGAUCAAAGUUAGGGUCUCCCCAGUGGCUCAUGAUGUGGAAUGUAACAUGGAAAGGGGGUCUCCAGCUUCCUUCGAGUGUCUCUGAAUUGGCCCGGUUUCCUGCUGUCUGCCAGGAUGUUGUAUGCGAGCCAGUGAGAAGACUGAACCAGAAACGCAUUCUUAGGCAAAAGAAUGGCUCGUGGCAGGUGUGGAAGGCCCCGUGGGUGGCUCUAACAUCAACCUGGGGCUUUGAGGGAGAAAAGGGCCAGGCACCACUUCUCUCUGGCAUGUCGAAUGUCACCACUUCUUCCCUGAAAGAGUAAGACUUCUUGAUCACCAGACCAUUCCAGCCACAAGCUGUUCUUGCAUAGCUGCUGCUUGGGAACUGGGCACCUGCGUUCUUUGGAUAAACCGUGCAUAUUGCCUGUGGUAUCAGAAAUGUGUUUCCCAGUUGUAAAACAUUGAUUCCUUUCCAUUUCUAUUGGCCCCUUCUUAAAAGUGAAAGGAACAACGGUGGGGGAUCUUUUCAGUGUGGGGCCCAACAGGAAAUAGAUAUGCAUGUUUGCUGCAUGCCGCGCAUGCCGCAUUUCUUUGGUUUUAAUCCUAUAAGCUUUUCCCAAAAUGGCUGCCAGGUAACCUCCUGCAUCAUUUUGGCAAAGUCCUCUUUGGAAUGGGAUCUUCAAGCCAGAUCUUGGAAUUGCAUUUCAUUGCUGCCUGCUGAGGACCCGGGUCUGUGCUGUGUCGCGUAAGGUAUAACGCUACCGGAAGGCACCCUAUCGUGGCGCUGGGGAGGCAGCCGCGGGAUGCGUGGGCAAGUGCAAUGGAUUUAAGGAGGAAGCUCCGAGUGGGUUUGGAGCUGUUCUGUAACUUCUUGAAAACCAGACUACCUCGGGAACAUUCAGGAUGACUUGCGUGUCAUCAUCAAGUGAAUGAGACCCAGUGCUGGAACGUUUCCAGUUUGCAUCUCAAUUGUUCUACUUUCUGCAGGUUGUUUUGGGCCUGCUAAUCACCCCUGCAGGAGGGCUGUGAAACUCAAGAGGGGAUUUUGGGUUUUGUUUUGUUUUUUUAAUUGGUAAGAGGUACUUAUCUAGAAAGAGCCCUCUUGUGUUUUUAUUUAUUUAUUUAUCCAUUUAUUUAUUUAUAGAUUAAGUAUCUUCAGUGCGUCUUACCUCAAGAGCACUCACAAAGGCGCUUCCUGAACUUUUCUCACCCAGGCCCAACGCCGCCCUGAUCUUCAACAGGCCGGUGCGUUUCAGGACUGUGAGUGACCUCUGACUGGGCCGGGAAUGUUCCCAGCUCCCCCAGGCCUGUCGGGACAGUGUGCAUUGCGUGGGUGUGGUCCAGAGCUGAGAAGCCCCUGGCAGGCCACGCACAGGGCCAGAGGAUGCAAUGGGUCACGAAGAACUCUCAGUUCUUGAGGGAGAAUCUC